AAGAUAACAAAAAUGGUGCAUACGAUUACUACUGACAAGCUCAAGCCAUCACUUUAUGAAAUAAAAUGCUUCUAAAAACUUUACCCAUCUAAAAUUUUCUACCUAUAAAUAGAGAUAUAUUUUAUUGUAGAUGUUCUCCAUCUCAUUGCAAACACAAUUUCCUCACUAUCUAUCCUCCAAAUUCAAAAUCAAAAUAUUUUCUCUCCCCACUCCAUCGUUAUGGCUUCGUCACUUCUGACAUCUUCCGGAAUAAUCCCCACCACCGGUUCAACCGUGGUGGUCCGGUCAGCCUUCCCUAUUGGAUCUCCCCUGCCCUCUCUCCGCCUGACCCGUCCUUACAACAAGUCAUCCUUGUUCGUCUCAUGUUGCUCCUCUGUUUCCGAAAAGGCGGCGACUAGUGCUAUUGACCUCAAACCCGUCGUGGAACGCUGGCCGGAAUACAUACCGCAUAAGCUUCCCGACAAGAACUAUGUGCGUGUAUUCGACACGACGCUCCGUGACGGCGAACAAGCUCCAGGUGGAGCCCUUACUCCACCGCAGAAGUUAGAGAUUGCCAGACAGCUCGCAAAACUCCGAGUAGACAUCAUGGAAGUUGGCUUUCCCGGAUCAUCUGAAGAAGAGUUAGAAACCGUCAGAACCAUCGCCCAGACCGUGGGGAACGAGGUGGAUGAGGAAACAGGUUACGUCCCAGUGAUAUGUGCCAUCGCUAGAAGCAAACAUAGAGACGUUGAGGCGGCUUGGGAGGCGGUGAAGUACGCGAAGAGGCCGAAGAUACUCAUAUUCACAUCUACUAGUGACAUCCACAUGAAAUAUAAGUUGAAAAAGACUAAAGAAGAAGUCAUCGAGAUGACAGCGAGUAGUAUUAGGUUUGCUAAGAGCUUAGGCUUCGUUGACGUCCAGCUUGGUUGCGAAGAUGGCGGCAGGUCGGAUAAGGACUUUCUAUGCAAGAUUCUAGGAGAAGCGAUAAAAGCGGGUGUAACCACGAUCAACGUUGCGGACACGGUAGGGAUCAACAUGCCGCAUGAAUAUGGAGAACUCGUGACCUACCUCAAAGCAAACACUCCUGGAAUUAAUGAUAUUGUUUUCAGCGUUCAUUGUCACAACGAUCUUGGUGUUGCGACCGCCAACACAAUCGCCGGUGUAUGUGCGGGAGCACGACAAGUCGAAGUAACGGUCAACGGAAUAGGUGAAAGAAGUGGCAAUGCACCGCUUGAAGAGGUCGUGAUGGCUUUGAAAUGUCGAGGAGCAUACGUGUUGGGUGGUGUUUACACAAGAGUAGACACACGCCAAAUUAUGGCUACUAGCAAGAUGGUUCAAGAAUAUAUGGGCUUGUAUGUUCAACCACAUAAGCCUAUAGUUGGAGCAAACUGUUUUGUUCAUGAGAGCGGCGUUCACCAGGAUGGAAUAUUGAAAAACCGGAGUACAUAUGAAAUCUUAUCACCAGAAGAUGUUGGCGUUGUAAAAUCUCAAAAUUCCGGCAUUGUUCUUGGAAAGCUUAGCGGGCGUCAUGCUGUGAAAGAACGGCUGAAAGAGUUGGGAUAUGAACUCGAUGAUGAGAAAUUGAACGACAUCUUCUCAAAGUACAGGGAUCUAACCAAGCAGAAAAAGAGAAUCACGGAUGCUGAUCUGAAGGCAUUAGUAACGAGUGGUGAUGAAAUCUCUUCAGAGAAAUUAAACGGCGCUAAUGGUAAAGAGACUAACGGCUAUAUACCAGUUCCUCAGAUUUCCUCUAUGGUCUAAAGCACCCAUUCAAACUUGGAGCAGCUAAAGGUGGCGAGAAGGCGUCAAAGGCGCAAUCUGUGCGGAUGUUUAUUUUCCAAUCAUGUUUCUAGCUAGCUACUAGAGUAAUGUUCUGUUUGUUUUUGUAUCGAGAUGUUAUAUCUGGAUGCAAAUAUUCAAAUAUUGUUCGCUUGAACACUUUUAAACCAACAUCUACAUAUUGCAUCUGGAUGUAAAAUUAAAAAUUUUCAAAAAUCUGAAUAUUUGAGAUGCUGAAAAAAGUAAAAUCUAGAUAUUAUA